AUGGGCAAAAUAAACCUCACAGCCCUCCGGGUGCGACAGACAGCACUCAAUCAACUCGCCAGUGGAAAGACCAGCAAACUGCCACAAUGGGUCAGUGUGGUCGGCGAGAUCCCUCCUGCUGAAACCCUCAUUCGUACUCGCCCCCCUCAGCAUGAGCUUGUCCAGCAGCGGUUGAAGACCGUCGAUGGAUUAUCGAAGCCGCAGGUCGUCUUCCAAGUCCAAGAGAAGCGCAGAAAGCCCAAGAAGCCUAGUCGACUUUUCCAGCCUGUCGAGCUCAAAUAUGAGGAAGAUCAAUUGCGAACUCAGUUCUUCCGCGAUCAUCCCUGGGAGCUUGCUCGGCCCCGUGUGCUUCUUGAGAGCACUGGCAAGGACUUUGAACACUACGAUUGGAGCCGCAUCCAACAGCCAGGGAAGCGGUUAGAUGGUGAAAGUGUUGUCCAACGACAGCUGUGGCUUUUGAAUAACGUCCCGGAUAUGAAAAAGAGCGUCGCUUACGAUAUUGCUCGUCGAGAAUUCUACAGACUGCGGUUGCAGGAGGACAUUCAACGUCGGGUGGCUGCGGAAGAAGCCGCGGCUUAUGGCGCAGAGUUCGGACCAUCAUACAUGGACAUUGGCAUGAAGAUGGAGAAUGAGCAGUACGACAAAUGGGUUGCCUGGGCCCGGGAAACAUCUUUGAUUCAGGAUCAGCGGAAAUCAGCUCUCAGCGGCGCACCAGAUCUGGGAGACACUACUGAGUCAAGUGAGCACGAAGCCGAAGAAACAGAGGCGGUCACUCUGUAAGAGUCUGAGAUGUUGGAGUGGGCUCGAACACCAUUAUUCUACGCCUCC